AUGCCUUCAAAGCUCAUCACAGUCUUUGGCGCAACCGGCCUCCAAGGCUCCUCCGUCCUCGCAUCCCUCGCCGCCAACAGCCAGAAGCCCUUCACCCUCCGCGGUACAACUCGCAACCCCUCCUCAGCCGCCGCCAAGAAGCUUUCCGAUUCUGGAAUCCAAGUCGUAAAAGCAGACGGCUGGGACAAGCAAUCCCUCAUCUCGGCUUUCCACGGUAGCUGGGCCGUCUUCGCGAAUACCAAUUCGGACGAUGCAGUCUUCGAGAAUCCGGAUGAGAAACGGACUGAGGUUGAUCUUGGGAAGAUCAUCGUAGAUGCGGCCGCGGAAGCCGGUGUGGAGGUUAUCGUGUACAGUGGGUUCAAUAGUGCAAACAAGAUCACUGGGGGCAAGAUUCCGGUUGCGGCUUUUGACGACAAGAACGAAAUCUGGGAGUACGCAAAGUCCAUUGGAAAAUUCAAGACCGUCGUUGCUGCCGGCCCAGGCUGGUACUUCGAAAAUUAUCUCGGCCAAGAUCUCGCACCCAUACUAGGUGGCUUUCCUUUCGUGCCAGCCGAGGACGGCACGUUGGUUUUCCGCGCUCCGAAGUGGGGUGGCAAGGAAGACGUACCUUUUAUCUCCAUUGGAGAUGAUUACGGCGACAUAGUCCAUGCGGUCAGCGACAUCAAGUCUUUCGGCCAGAUGACACAGGCUUUUGAGAAUGCAACCGGAAAAAAGGCGCGCUUCGAAGAGAUUCCCAAUUGGCGUGAUUUGGAAGUGUACGGUAUCCGCGGAUUGGAAACAAUUAAGAACAUGUGGGGUUUCUGUCAGGAGAGCGGAGGUCGCUACUUCGGCGAUGAGACGGAAGCUAAGACCGCGGCUGAAUUGAAGAAGCUUGCGGCGGCCACGCGGGGUGCUACAGGGAAGGCCGCACAGCUUGCAACGCUUGAGGACUUCUGGAAGGCCAACUUUGGGACUGAGUGA